AUAUUCGUCUAGAUUUGAUAGCUUUCUCUCGUUGACAGAGAUACAGGGAGAGAGGAAGGGAGAUAAAUGGCGACGGCGGACGCUACAAACACGAACCCCAACACCGGUUCUGAUUCCGAUACUAAUGAAAAUGCUAACCCUAAUUCUAGCAUCAACCCCGCUUCUUCUGGCGCUCUAGUUUCUGCCCCUUCUUCCAGCCCCGCCGUCUGCCUCAUGAGCUUCGUUGGUGACUCCGCCGCCGGCGCCUUCAUGGGCUCUGUAUUCGGCUACGGUUCUGGAUUGAUCAAGAAGAAAGGCUUAAAAGGAUCAUUCGGAGAUGCAGGAUCGUAUGCCAAGACAUUUGCAAUUCUGUCUGGAGUACAAGGUUUGGUUGUCUGCUUUUUGAAGAGGCUGAGAGGAAAGGACGAUGUUAUCAAUGCUGGAGUAGCUGGAUGUUGCACUGGUCUUAUUUUAAGUUUUCCAGGUGCACCCCAGGCUCUACUACAGAGUUGUCUCACUUUUGGUGCAUUUUCAUUCAUCAUUGAAGGCCUUAACAAGCAACAACCAGCAUUAGCACAUUCAAUGGGUUUGGCGAACAAAGGCGCUUACCGUAAUACACCUCGCCCCUUGGCUCUCCCUCUCUCCCUCCCUCUUCCCAAUGAACUGAAAGGGGCCUUCUCUUUUUUCCACGAGUCCCUAAGGAAACCUAAGAAGGCGAAUACUCCCCCAACUAGCCAUUAACUUGAGCAUUAUAAUGUUGUUCUUUUAUGUUUCUUUGACGGUUACAGUUUGUAGAUUUUUAGUUUAAGCCAAACAUGCAAGUUGUUGGUUGAUGGUUCCUGUAUGGGUUUUAUUGAGAUCCAACAAGGCAACAAUAGUAAACCAUAAUCCUUCUCUUGGCCAUGAAUAAAUUAUUUGCCCCAUCUUGUGUCCUUGACAA